CCGAAGGCCGAAGGCGUUGAACUUUGUACGGCAGAAAAUAGAGGUAAUUUCAAAAUAGAAUAGUAUGCUGUUACACACGUGAAAACAACUGACAGCACCAAACAAAGUUCUAGGAUUGUCAAAGCAUUCCCUGAUGUCACAGUCCAUAUUAAUACAGAUUGGUCAGUGUGGAAAUCAAAUUGGCUGCCGUUUCUGGGAUCUUGCUCUUCGUGAACAUGCUGCAAAUAACAAGAAUGGCGUAUUUGAUGAGGCACUAGGUCAUUUCUUCCGUAAUGUUGACACGCGUAAUGGAAAAUGUCAACAAAUUCCUGUUGGUGAUGGUAUCGGAAUGAUUCACACGCUUAAAGCAAGGGCAGUUCUUGUCGACAUGGAGGAAGGUGUGGUCAAUGCAGCACUGAAAGGACCCCUGGGAGACGUGUUUGAUCACAAACAGUUCAUCACAGAUGUAUCCGGGUCUGGAAAUAACUGGGCUGUCGGGAACAGAUUCUACGGCCGCAGGUACCGCGAGGCGAUCGUCGAGAGUGUGCGGAGGGAAGCAGAGAUGUGCGACGCGCUGCAGUGUUUCUUCGUCUUGCAUUCGAUGGGCGGCGGCACGGGAUCUGGCGUCGGCACGGCGAUACUCGGCAUGCUUCGCGACGAAUUUCCCGACGUGUACAACCGGUUUGUGACAGCCGUUUUCCCAUCAGCGGACGAUGAUGUUAUCACAUCCCCCUACAACAGCAUUCUGGCACUGAAGCAGCUCACAGAAGUCGCAGAAUGCGUGCUUCCGAUCGAAAACCAGGCCCUACAAGACAUAUGUACAAGAAUUUCAAAAUUCUCCAGUCAAAGUAAAGCGGGGAUUCAUACAUCCGCAGCAAAAAUAAAGGAAGGCAGUGCUGUAUCUGAUAGCCACCAGGGGGCAGGCAAAUGCAGUGUUCAGAAAGCAUUCGAUAGCAUGAACAACAUCGUUGCAAAUCUUCUUCUCAAUCUCACCUGCUCUGCCAGAUUCGAGGGUUCUCUAAAUGUUGACCUGAAUGAGAUAUCGAUGAAUCUGGUGCCAUUCCCACGACUUCACUACCUCGUAUCAAGCAUGGCACCACUAUACAGUCUCACUGAUGUCAAUAUACCACAACGCAGACUGGACUCAAUGUUCGGUGAUGCAUUUUCACCAGCCCACCAACUGAUUAGAGCUGAUCCAAAGCAUGGCCUUUACUUGGCCUGUGCCCUAAUGGUUAGAGGCAAGGCACAGUUGUCAGACGUGCGGCGUAAUAUUGAGAGAAUCAAGUCGUCACUGAGGUUUGUGCAUUGGAACCAGGAGGGUUGGAAAACAGGACUGUGUGCAGUGCCACCUACUGGCCAGCCAUAUUCACUCUUGACAUUGGCAAAUAAUACAUGCAUAGAGAAAACCUUCACUGACUUGGUGGUGAGGUUCAACAGGCUCUAUAAAAGAAAGGCACACUUACAUCACUACCUGACAGUGGACGGUAUGGAGGUAGCAGAGUUUGACGAUAGCCUGCAGUCGGUGCAAAGUCUUAUCGCCGAAUACAAAGACCUUCAGACGACAAGGCAGUCUAUUUUCAUUCCCCGCCUACAGGUGGCAGCAUCUGAUUACAGCAUGCAAUACACCUAGGCUCAACGAACAUAAUAAAGACAUACGUAUAGUUCUCGUUCAUAUCUCGGGGAUCUAACUCGGGUUUAGGACUAAUGGUGCAAGCAACUAAUUUGAUGUGUUUGUGUGGUGAAAGUUAUCGAGGUACUGGCCAGUAGCCAGGUCAGUAGGUGCACGUUGAAUGAACUUCACCUCACACGUCACUAUUGUUGCCUGACAGGAAAAGAUGUCACCAACUUUCUACACAUGUUACAUGUUAGAAAAAUAUGCUGAGACUGCCCAAAGUGGAAACUAUCUAUUCAUUGCUAACAUAACAUGAACUAUCUCAGCUAAAGCCCUGGAUGCUCAUCCAGCGGAAUCCAUUUAUAACAUUCGAUUUAUCACAUAUAACAUUUGAUUUAUUGCAUAUAACAUUU